AUUCGGUUUGUCCUCUAUCUAUCCCCCCAGCCUCUGGUCCUUCUCACCCAUACUUUCUCGUCUGCACCUACUCGGCAUGCCCUCUUCCGGAUUCUCAUUUGCCUCGGUAUGUGUCUGCCAUCUGGCACAACUGGUAGCUAGUGACCGUCAACCCGAAAUUUCGUCUGUCUGCCCUCGUGCGCGUCCACUCACCCGCUCAAAUGCCUGCCCGCCAAUCCACAUGCUCUCCUGCACGUUCGCCCGCUCGCCCAUACCCUUGCUUACGUAUCCUUGUGCUGAACAGCUUGGAGGCACACACCCGUACGAAUAGUUGACCGUGCGUUUGUGCACUCGCUUACUCGCGCGCACGCCCGCUUUUCUGCCCGCACACUCGCCCAUCUAGCUGCAAAUGAAUCUCCCGGCUC